ACACAAUCAAGAUCAAGCGUGGCAAUCAUCAAACGCAUUUAUAUCAGGAUCGGUCAGGCGGCAUUAGAUUUGAAAAAUUCGAGUUUUUUUUUUUGUUUAAAUAUAUAUAAACAAAAAUAAUAAUUCAAAUAUAUAGACAAAAUGUUCAAGUGCUGUGAGAGUUUUGGUUAAUAAGAGUGAAAAACAUUCACCCACACACACACACACACACACAAAUGCGUACACAUACACACAAAUAAAAAAAAAUACAAGGAGCAGGACCAGCUGUUGUUGAGGGUAACGACGGAAAGGAAUCAUUAGCGGUAAAUUUUUAUUUGCCCAAUAUUUUUUGUUGUUUUGCAACUUGCCUUUCAAUGCAGUGACAGCCCAAAGGUAUUGCCUACCUACAGGCGCAGUCAUCACCCAGCCCCCUCCACUCGUCAACCACCUCGCCGCUCGCCGCCGUUGCCAUCGCCUGGCGCCGUUCGGUGCUUAUUUGAAAUAAAUACCGCAAUUACCUGUAAUGGAAAGACACAGUCGUUCUUGUCGUCGUUGUCGUUGUUUUUAUUUGUUUUUAUGUGUUAAAGAAAUUCUUUGGAAAGUGCCCCGCUUCAUGCGAAUGUAUCCAAUAAACCCAAUUACCCAUAAAUUCGGCGAUACGUAUGCGCCCCGUGGGCGUCAAACCAUUUGCUCCGGUGAGCCACCCGACGAGACCUACAACGCAGCGGUGCGUCUCAUAAAACAGGCCCAUAGUUGUGAGCAAUUGAAGGAGCUUGUCCAACGGCAAUUGUGGAUAUACUCUUGCCAGAGACAUAGACUGAGACAUAGAGAGCACGUCCAGCAAUCGCAGAAUGCCAUUGCUGAUGACGAUAAUGAUGAGGACGACGACGACGACAGCAACCGCAACCACAACCACAACGACGACAGCAACAAUAGCAACAAUCGUAAGACUUGUAGUGGCCAACGUGACCAUGGCGGUAGCAGCAGCAGCAGCAGCAAUAAUGUCAACCGUAACCAUUAUAAGCUAAAUAUUAAUAAGAACAAGGUGGAAAACCUACAACGACAACAAGAGCACCAACAACAACAACAACAGCGACGUCGCAUUGACUUUUACACUUAUCUGCAACUGGCUAACGGCUACUAUGAACAAGGGUUGCAGGCCAAUAUCAAGUAUCUAGAAUCGAUUGGUAAACGUAAUGCAAUAAAGACUAAGCAGCAACAGCAACAGCACCAACAGCAGCAACAUCUACGUGACACAGUUGACAGUGCUGUGUUGCCGUUGGUUAAGUUAUUGAAAAGUUGGCGUCGUGGAAAAAACAACGUUGGCAAUAAAAAUAGUUAUCCAAUAGCUGAGCAGAGUAUUGAUGCCAUUAGAGUUCAUAUAAGACCAAAUAUACAACAUCAACAACAACAGCAGCAGCAGAAGCAGCAACAACUAACACAUUAUUAUCAUAAUCAGCAGCAGCAGCAACAACAUCAUCAAAACGUAGCAGACAAGCUGACUAUGUGUGAUUAUUUUGUCAAGCCCAGCAGCAGCAAUUUAUCAGCAACAUUCGAUCAGUGUAAAUUCUAUGAGAUCAUUGAUAAUCUCAGUCAAUUGAGUUUAACAAAUGAAAGCAAUAUUGAUCGAUUGCAAUUACCAUUAAUUACCCUAACAGACUAUACACAACAUCAGCAACAGCAACAGCAACAGCAACAACAACAACUACAGCAACAACAGGUGGCUGCCAGCCAUGAGCAACAACAAAUGCAUAUACCCAACGAAGCCAGACCACCAAAAAGUUUAGUAACAUUUACAAAAUAACUCACUCAAUUGCAAUCAAACAAUAACAAAUAGAGAA